UCUCAAUAACUUUGUCCCGUCCUCUCUCGUCGCCACUCGCCACUCUCCUUCCCACCCGACGAGACCCCCGUGCCGUGCCCUGCCCUGCCCUGCCGGCUGCCCCACUGGCUGCCGAAGGGCACCAAAGCCCCACGGCCACGGGACCCAGCCAAUCCGGCGAGCAAAACCACCAUCCGCUCCGCGCAUCGCAGGCAGCGCGGCCAGGACCGCCCGCGCACGCACCAUCAUUCGUUGGGGGUACCUCGCCUCGUGAAGCACCGCCCGUCCUCUGGUGCGCGUAGGGGCGCAGGGUUUUAGGCAGCGGGGGGGGGGGGGGCACCAUCCAUGGAAGCCGCCGCCGUCCGUGGCGGGUCGCUCGUGCGAGCCCGGGCCGCGCUCGCUUACGGCGGCGCGCGGGGGCCGCGGCGCUUCGUGGGCGCUGGCCUCGCCGCGCCCCGCCGACGGAGGGCGCUCGUCGCCUUAGCCUCGCACCCGGAGCCCCUCGAACCGUCCCCGUCGCUCGCGCAGGAGGGCGCCGUGGCAGUGGCGCCCCAGGCUGACGAGGAGGAAGUCCAUGGGGAUGGCGCUGCUGCUGAUUCUGCUGAAACCUCGUCUCCCCCAUCUGUUCCUGGCAAGGCAGUGGUUGUCAGAUUUGUGCUAAAGAAGCAGUGCCCGUUCGGGCAGAGCUUCCAACUCGUUGGCGACGACCCGGCGCUCGGUCUUUGGGAUCCGUCAAAGGCGGUUGCUUUGGAGUGGGCGGAAGGCCACGACUGGAUCGUAGAGAAAGAUUUGCCGGCCAACAAGCUGAUUGAGUUCAAGUUCUUGCUGCAAGAUUCAUCGGGGAAGUUGCACUGGCAGAAUGGGCCUAAUAGAAGGUUGCAAACAGGUGAAACUGCAAACACAUUGGUCAUCUAUGAAGAUUGGGGUGACGUGAAGAAACAGAAAAUAGCAGAGGAGGGAGAGGCAUCGAUUAGGAUGGAGGAAGCGAUUGUUUCAGAUGACGGUGAAAGCGGAAAGGAUAUUGUUUUAGAAGAUGAGCUCCAAAUGGAUGAUGAUCAGGAGGUCAAAGAAGAUGAAUCCAUUGUAGGCAUGGAUGACGAGAAGCCAGCUGUUGCCACAAAUGUUUAUGUUCAAGGGCAAUCGGUGAAGGAAAAUGAAGCUAACCCACAAGAGUCAAUGAUGCAUGAAAAACUGAAAAUUCUAGACGAGCUUCAUGAAAAAGACACGGAGAACGGUAGUGCUUCGUGUUCAGAUGAGAGUUAUGCUGAAAAAACAGAAGAGGAUAAUAUCUUGUGUGAGGAUGGUGUUCCAGUUGAGAAUGGGUUGACCAGUCAUUACGAACAUGAUUUGCUUUGGGGUUGGAAGGCCCUGCAGCAGCUGGUGAUGCGCCUGGGCUUCAAAAUGGAUACGACAUGAAAGAAGCAUAAUCUACCGCUAUGUAUAUGUGUGUGUGUGUGUGUGUGUGUGUCAGUGCGUCACAGUUCAGGAUGCAAUGGUGUGUUGUUUUGAAAGAUUGUCUAUUUCACCACUUAGGAGACUGCCUUCCUGGACUGUGAUGGAAAGGCUCGCGCUCCAGCAGCUGCUGGUAUUGUAUGCAUAUUUCCGCCACAGAAAUUCUGUUUCUUAGAUGUUAGAACCAGUCAUCAAUAAUCUACCGUCGGUGGUCGAAGCUUAAUAGCUUAUCCUAUUUCAACU